UAAAAAGCCAUUGAAGAACACAGUUGCAUUUUCGCUUUCUCUGCUUAAUUAAUUCAGUAAACCUUCAACUUUUGGUUUCAAUUAUUUGGCUCUCAACUUUCUAUAUUUUAUAAGGGUGGAGGGAUAAGUGGGCAUAUGUUUCAUGGCUGUUCCUCACUUCCUUGGUGAUUGGUUAAAGUCAAUGCUUUCUUGCCUUGUGAAGUGUGAUAAUACCAUUAAUGGAUUGAAUACUGGAAAAUGUCUCAGAUCUCAAUGAACAAUACUAUAUUAAGACUCUUGGAAGAUUAAAAUUUAGAGCUUUUUUCUAUACACCAAAUGGUAGUAAACUAGUAAUAGUAUUAACAUUACAAGCCCGCACAGGCAGCUCUGUUGGUUUUUGGAUGGUAGAUUGCAAUCAUUGAAACUUGGCUCUAUGUAGAUAGUCAAAAUGGGGUUACUUUUGAGGUUUUAGUGUUCUUGCUUUAAGUAAACACUUUGGAAUUGAUUAAUUGAAAUUGAAAUUCAUUCCUUUGUCUUAAUAAAAUAUGUAAAGGUAGAAAAGAAGGACUUUUUUUGGCAAAAGAACUAUAGGCCUUAAUUAUUGCAUAAAUAUUCUCACUGCACUCUUCCAGCAUGUUGUGCUCCAGUUUCAAUCAUUCUGCAAGAUGGCUCCUGCAUCAUCGCUAGUCUGUUGAGCUUACUUCUGAGUUAUCAACCUGAGGGUGGUUGUUCCUCCUAGAAGAAGAAUCAGAUUGUCGGUUUGGUGAAAUUUUCGAUUGAUAAAAGCACAAUGAGACUUAAAUUCUUAUCAUCAGCAGCUGUUGCUUUUGUCGUCUUCGUGCUAGCGAUUCUUCCUGGGAUUUUUGCUGAUCUUGAAUCUGAUAGACAGGCCUUACUAGAGUUUGCUGCAUCUGUGCCUCAUGUCCGGAAGCUAAACUGGAAUUCUACUCGCCCGAUCUGCAGUUCUUGGGCUGGGAUCAAAUGCGGUAAAAAUGGAAGGAGGGUGAUAGGAAUUCAUCUCCCAGGUGUUGGUUUCUUUGGCCCUAUCCCAGCCAAAAGUAUAGGGAAGAUGGAUGCUCUUAGGGUUCUUAGCCUAAGAAGCAAUCAUUUCAAUGGAACUCUUCCUUCUGAUAUCUUCACCAUUCCUUCUCUUCAAUCUAUCUAUCUUCAAGAUAACAACUUUACUGGUGAAAUUCCUGGUUCUCUCUCGCCUCUACUUGGCGUAAUAGAUCUAUCCAGUAAUGCUUUUACUGGAGAAAUUCCAGCUGUGAUCAAGAAUUUGACGCGUUUAUCUGUGCUGAAGCUACAAUAUAAUUUGUUAUCUGGAACUGUCCCUGAUCUUGACAAUUCAAGGCUAAAGGUUUUCAAUUUGAGCUAUAACAUGCUGAAUGGCUCGAUCCCGAAUUCCCUCCAUAAGUUUCCAGUUUCUUCGUUUGUGGGAAAUUCUCAUCUUUGCGGGGAACCUCUGAGUGAAUGCUCCGCGAUUUCUCCAUCACCAUCGUCUCCUGGAGAGCAAAAAUCUGCGUUUUCUAAGAAGAAACUCAGUGCUGGAACUGUCAUUGCCAUUGCCAUAGGGGCUUCCUUGUUGCUGGCUUUUCUAGCACUGCUAAUUUGCUUCUGCUGCUUCAAGAAGAAAGUCUCUGAUGGGGGUGAAGUUAAAGAGAAGGUUGCUAACGGGGGAAGGAGCGAGAAGCCCGAGGAUUUUGGGAGCGGGGUGCAAGACGCUGAGAAGAACAAGCUGGUGUUCUUUGAAGGGUGCUUGUACACCUUUGAUCUCGAGGAUCUGCUAAGGGCUUCUGCUGAAGUUCUCGGGAAAGGGAGCUAUGGAACCGCAUACAAGGCGGCCUUGGAUGAGAUGGCAAUGGUGGUGGUGAAACGCCUGAGAGAAGUCGGGGCAGGAAAACGAGAGUUUGAACAACACAUGGAGCUUAUGGGGAGAAUUUCGCGCCAUCCAAACAUAGUGCCACCAAGAGCAUAUUACUAUUCCAAGGAUGAGAAGCUUAUUGUUUAUGAAUACAUGCCUAUUGGCAGCUUAUUUGAAGCCCUACAUGGCAACAGAGGUGUUGAUCGAAGCCCGCUAGACUGGGAUUCGAGAUUGAAGAUCUCGCUAGGAGCAGCGAAGGGAAUAGCACAUAUCCACUCUGAAGGUGGCGUUAGAUUUACUCAUGGCAACAUAAAAUCCUCGAAUGUACUUCUUACAACGAGCCUCGAAGGUUGUGUUUCGGACUUUGGCUUGAGCCCUCUGAUGAACUACAUCGCGAUCAAAUACAGGGGUGCAGGCUACCGGGCUCCUGAAGUGAUUGAGACGCGAAAAGUCACACAGAAGUCUGAUGUGUACAGUUUCGGGGUGCUGCUUCUCGAGAUGCUCACUGGCAAAUCCCCUCUGCCAACGGGGCAUGACGACGUUGUUGAUUUGCCUAGGUGGGUGCGGUCAGUGGUCCGGGAGGAGUGGACAGCUGAGGUUUUCGAUGUGGAGCUGAUUAAGUAUCAGAACAUAGAAGAAGAGAUGGUGCAGAUGCUUCAGAUCGCUCUGUCGUGUGUGGCAAAGGUGCAGGAUGCUCGGCCUACCAUGGAAGAAGUGGUUAGGAUGAUCGAGGACAUCCGGCAGCCGGACGAAGACACUCGACCCUCGUCCGAGGACAGGUCUAGAGACUCGAACGAACGCACCCCAGAGUGAUUUCAGAUGAAAAUUACCUGUAAUUCUUGAUCAAGCAGAAACAUGAAUGCUAAUGAUGCUAAUGCUAAUAUAUACUUUUCUUUUA